AAGGGCGCCAGGAACACGCGCGCGCCCACACACACACGCACACGCACACUCUGGAGCAUUUUACUGGCAUUAAGUGACUACUACUACUACUACUACUACUACUACUACUACUACUACUACUACUACUACUACGAUGCUGAUAACGCGGCUGUUUCUUAUCGCUGCGGGGAUGUCACUGGUUUCAAGUCACGCCAUUUCUAUUUGGGAAAUGCUGCCGACACAAGAGAAGAUGGGUCAAAUUAUGUACUUUUUUGUCCAUCUCGUCAACCAAAACUGCGCCUCUUCGUACACACCAGACUGUCACCACGUGCUCCUGGUCCGAGGUCUGAGUGCUUUGGUGAACAUGGGUGAACACACGCUCAACAAACUCGACCCCCACCAGAGAGAUGCCCAACGGGUGAUCUGGGGCGCUGUUAUGGGUGACACCUGGCUCCCCCUCCCAGGCACCCCCACGCCUCCCCUACUACCUCGUCCCCCAAGGUGACGAAAUGUCCAACGAGAUAGACCACGCCUUUCCCAACCCACCCCACGCACCCGAGCCCUCACCCCAGCACUUCCUAGACGCCCUGCACCCAUACGCACCCCUCCCCAGCACCCUCAACACCCCGGGGA